CUGCUGCCUGCACAAACAGAGCCAGAUUAAGAAGUUGUUUUCCCUCCCACUCCAUCUGUUGUGUAGAGACUCUGCAUCAUGUCUUUCUGUCAGUUUUCUGGGGCUGAGAUCUACAAGGACCAUUUCAAACCAGGUAUGUAUGUGUGCUCCAAGUGUAACCACCCCCUGUUCUCAAGUCGGUCCAAGUUCGCCCACUCGUCUCCCUGGCCGGCGUUCGCCGACACCAUCAGAGAGGACAGCGUCACCAAGAUGAUGGAGACUCUCACUGCCUUCAAGGUCCUGUGUGGCAAGUGUGGCAACGGGCUGGGCCAUGAGUUUGUGAACGACGGUCCAGAGGAGGGAGUCUCGCGUUUUUGAAUAUUCAGCCACUCUCUCAAGUUUGUCCCCAGCAAAGGUACGAAGACCACAGGCAAGGACACACAGUAAAGAGAGAGGUUAGGCUGUAUCUGCUGCUCGGUCCAGGACACGUGAACAGGUCAGGGUCAGCGAGUGACGUGGACAGGAGAAAGUCCUGAGAGGGACGUCCUGUCCACUGAAGAAUCUUCGACCUGCCUCUGACACAGGGACCAGAAUACACCUCUGCAAAUAUUCCUUCACAGAAAUGUUCUCACACUUCUUGAAUACCUCAUGUUAAGAUAUACAUUAAGUCCGUGAAUAGGGUUAUGAUGUCACUGCUGAUAAAAUGAAUCAGUAGGUGCAUGUCGUAGGAGGAAAUUAGGUUUUGCAUCAACAGUCAAACAGUUUCCAUUAAGCAGGUACCCACCUGUUAUUGCUGCUACCACUUUCACAGAAUUGUAUAUUCUAUGGGCUGUAUGAUCUUCUACCAUUUACUUCCCCAAGGUAAAUGUAGCCAUAAUCAUCUAUGCACUGAAGAUGUCCACAUUUAGUCCGUUUGCACUUAUGUUAUCUGUUUUGUAUGUUUAAAAUCAUGCAGUGGCAAAGAAAUGUUGUGAAUGAGUAAUUACAUAUACUGUUAACUUGUUAACUUGAACAGAUUAUUCACCUGAGCACAAAAAGCAAAAUUACACAUCACUCAGAACCUUUGUGCAUUUGCAUUUUUACUUUGCAAAAAAGUUGCAUCUAAAUUGAAGGUUUAGUUUAGAAACUUGGUUAUUCAUUUUAUUUUUUUUCAUCCUCCAUUGUGUCAAUAUAUUGAUACUAAAGGUACAAGCAAUAAAUUAUAGUUUGAUA